GACCAUGCUGCUGCCCCAUUCUUUAUGAGACGCGUGCCGGGAGUGCCUGUUCCUUCAUGCAAUUCCCACACUGUGAUGGCAUGUGUGUGAUUCGCACCCUUCAGCUGCGUUUCGUCUUUCGUUUCGAACCGGGCCCCCUGGAAUCGAGGAUUCCAAUCCCCGAUUUGGUGAACCAUCUGGUACUUGUUGUUAGAAUCGAAGGGAUCGUAUGGAGCGAUCUUGUCCUGGGAGAUUCGAAGAAUGCAAAUCCAGACUCUGGGAGGCUAGAUGACAAUGGCGUGAUUUUGAUCAUAGGAGCGAUUCUUUGGAUCGGCGUUGUGAAUCAGGUGUAGAAGUCCAGAGCUAGAAUUGAAUCAUUGCGCUGCUGUGGAAUGACUUGCGACGUGGUGCUAUGCAGCUACCAUGCUGUUUUGAGAAUUGUGUGGAAUUUUUUGGCUGGAGUUUGGACUUUGCAUUGGCGAAGGGAGGGGUGAUAAGUAAGGGCAUUUUGGGACGUGAAGCUGAGAUAAAUUUUGCUUCGCAACCAGAGGUAUUCAUCAGGCGGUGAAUGAGCUAGGGUUAGGUUUCUUAGUUAGCAUUUGGUUUUGUACGUGUUAGGGUGAUCAAAUCGUUUGGCCCAGCGUGGAGCUCCUUCAAUCGAUUCGCGGUUUGUUCCGUGGCAGCGGACGAAACAUGCCGAGCGACGCAGUGGUGGCGAGGUCGAUCGGAGUCCUGCUAGGUCUUGGAAUUGCGGGAUUCUUCAUUCUCAGGCGGACCCUGAAAUCUUCAAGCAAGAAGGAUAAUGGGGCUUUCAUAUAUUACUUUGAGUUGCUCCCUCCACCCCCUCCUCCGCCCCCCAGCGCUCCACUUCCCCUUUCGGGGCUUACAUUCGCUGUGAAGGACAUAUUCGAUGUGGAAGGCUUUAUCACUGGGUUUGGUAAUCCAGUCUGGGCCGAGACCCAUGAGCCCGCCACCGUCACUGCCCCCGCAGUUAAAGUGCUCGUUGAGGCGGGUGCUAAAUGUGUUGGUAAACUUCAUAUGGACGAGCUUGCUUACAGCAUUAACGGAGAAAAUAAGCACUAUGGGACUCCAGUAAAUCCUGCAGCACCUAAUCGGAUUCCGGGAGGGUCAUCCAGUGGGUCAGCCGUUGCAGUAGCUGCCAAUUGCGUAGACUUUUCUUUAGGGACAGAUACUGGAGGAAGUGUGCGUGUACCUGCAGCGUUUUGUGGCAUUUUAGGAUUUCGUCCUUCUCAUGGAGCCAUUUCAGUAUCUGGAGUUCUUCCAAUGGCACAAAGUUUUGACACUGUUGGUUGGUUUGCAAAGGAUCCGAAAACUUUGCGGCAAGUUGGACAUGCUUUACUUCAGCUCCCUUACUCGGAUUCUAAACAGCCGCGGCGUGUACUUAUUGCUGAUGAUUGCUUCAAGCUGUCCUUGAUUCCCAAUGAGGACGUUGUGGGUGCAGUAAUCCGAUCAGUCCAGAAGCUGCUUGGCCGACAAGUUCUUCAAUACAUCAAUCUUGGAGACUUUAUUAGGCGGAAUGUGCCAAGCCUGAAAGAAUUGGAAAAGGAAAUUAGCAAUGGGUCUCCUAUUGGGGCACUUACUCUCCUUCGAACUGCUAUGCAGUUGCUUCAAAGGUGGGAGUUCAAAGAGAACCAUCAAGAAUGGUUAGAGAAUGCAAAGCCUGACCUUAGUUCUGACAUAGCUGCCCGUGUACAAGCUGCUCUCGACAUGAAGGGAGAUCAGGUGUCUUUAGUGCAACAGAUUAGAAACGAGGCUCGCUUUGCCAUUAACGACCUUCUAAAGAAUGACACAAUAUUAGUAAUGCCAACUGUCCCUGACAUACCUCCCAAGUUGGGCAUAAAAGCAGAUUUUCCCGACGAAUUCCGUGCGAGAGCAUUUGAUUUAUUAUCUGUAUCAGGAAUGUCGGGUUGCUGUCAGGUGAGCGUCCCGGUUGGAGAAUACAACAAUGUUCCUACUGCGGUAUCUUUGCUCGCUAAACGGGGGUCUGAUAGAUUUUUGUUGGAUACAGUGUUGACUGCUUAUCCCACCAUUCAAGAAGAAGCAAAGGGUGCCUCCGAUCGAUUUUCUGCGGAAGCUGCCGAAAUGGCCAAAGAGAAGGGCAAUGCUUCGUUCAAGGAGAAGGAUUACAAGAAGGCCAUUAGUCAUUACACUGAUGCAAUUCGGAUGGAUGAGAAUAAUGCUACGUUCUACAAUAAUCGUGCCAUGGCAUAUCUUCAGCUAUGCAGCUUUCAAGAAGCUGAAGCGGAUUGCACAAAAGCGCUUGGCCUUGACAAGAAGAGUGUGAAAGCUUACCUAAGGAGAGGCACAGCUCGUGAAUUUUUAGGUUACUAUAAAGAGGCUAAUGAUGACUUUAGGCAAGCUCAAAUCUUAGAACCUACCAAUAAGACAGCUAGUGAAGCGUUGGCCAGACUGAAGAAGCUUCUUAUUUAAAGGAAAGUCUGAUUUGGUUUAGUUUUUCAAGAAUUACUAUGUGGAGGAGGGUUGCUUAUUGCAAUUCAUGAUCACAUCUUGUGAACUAUAUGAGCUUCUUCUGCCUUUGAGACUUGACCCGUCCAUGAAAGUCGUUUUCAUCUGUGUUCGUCCGAGAGAGCUCGAUAUUUGUCCAGAGCAAUUUAGAUGUACAUCAGACGUGUUUUUGAGGUGCAGUACAUGUUUCCCCAGGGAUCGUGCUGAGCGUAGCGGCGUAGGUAGAUUAAAACGGGGCUUAUCUGUGCUUCGUUUAUGACCAUAGCAUAUUUUGAUUCCUCAACGUGUAUCCUAAAUGUGGUUAAAGCAA